CUUGCAGCUUUAGUUUUGUAUCCCUGGCUUGCUGUACUUCACUUGUCAGUUUGCUGUGGAUUUUGAACGUGUGGGUGACUGGAAGGAACCAAUCCGCACCAGCGAGGAGAGUUACCGCAACGCGAUAAAUAUUUGCUCUGUUGUUGCUCAAUAUGGCUCGCAUCACAUUUGAGGAUCUCGCUGCCAUGGAUGAUGAACUUCUGGAUGACAAUGUCACAGAGGAUAAUCCUGAACCAAUGAACGAGGAGGAAGAGGAGAGGCUUUUGGCUCAUUGGCAGGCAGUAGCCAGCACACACAAUGUGGUCGUUCCACAAGAAAUGGCAGGACCUAUUCAGCAAAUGUCAACACAGACUCAAGAGCGACAACCAGUGCCCUUUGUUCCACUGUGUUGUCAUGAAAAGAACAAGGAAGUUCUGUAUGAGGAGAGAGUGUACCCAGCUGGGAAAUGGGCGUACAUCAUCAAGGGGGAAGACUUGUAUGAGCAGAGCAUUUCCAUGGGGUUCAUGAAACUGAUGCGUUACAUCUGCAGUGAAAACUCUGCAGGCCGCUACUUAGGUAUGACCGUGCCUAUCCUUAAUGAGAUCCGGAUGGCAAAGGAUGAGAAAAGCUUUGUCCGGGACAUCCUGACGGCAUAUUACAUACCGGCAGAGUUCCAGGACUAUCCGCCUGAACCCACCGACCCAGAUAUUCAGAUCGUACAGAGGGAGAGCAUCAGAGUCAUCACCAGGGUAUUUUAUGGUACGACCACAGAGGAGACUAUAAUGCGACAGGUCAGUUUGCUGUGGGAGAUGCUGGGAUCCACAGACGACUUCCUCAGAGAAACCUACAUAGUGGCCGUGUAUGAAAACCCGGGAGUUCCCCACAGGAGGAAUGAGAUCUGGUUCAUCUGCCGUGAGCCAUAGGCGCUCAGACCCUUAGGGCUCCAACAGCACAGCACAGUCCAACCCACCUCCCUUCUGUCUGUAUCGGAGUGAAAAUACCGUGACUUCUAUUAACUGUUUCUAUAGUUACAACAAUAUAGAAUCACCCUGUUGUUUUUUUUGCAGUGUGCUCCAGCUGUCCUUGAAAUCUUGACAUCCGUCUUGAGUUUCUGAGUAUUUCUGCUUCCUUAAAAGUGUUCUGUUAAUUCUCUACCGAGUACUGCAAAGUCAAGGUUUCACCACAUAUGGGGGGGUUGUGAUAAGAGCAGCAUGGUUGACUUAAGACCUCUGUGUCUGUAUCCUGACUAGUCCAAACGUCUGUGGGUGCAUUGCCAGGCUGAUACACUGCUUUACAUGAGUGCCUCAACAUUUUCCCAUGAGCUCUAUCCACUUUUUUUGAAUCUACAGUAAAUAAAUGUAAUUAUUUUUAAAACCAAGUCUUUAAAAGAUGCAGCAUUAUGCCAAAUUAGGGGUGCAUUAACAGUUAUUUUGAGAGGAACACCUGAGCUUGUUACCUGGACUAUAUUAAAAUUUAAAAAAAGCAAAAACAACUCAAGGACUAUUUUAAGAAAUGUUUUGUUAAGGACUGUUUUUUGUUAAUUACAUUAUGUUUACCAUUCACAAAAUCUUUUUAAACUGUUUUAAAAAAAGUUUAGAAGUUUAUUCUAAUUUGUUUUUCUAAACAGUACACCGUUUAACCAAAAAUAAUGUUUAUAAACACUCUUCAAAAAGUAGUCAUUGAAAAAACAUUCCUUAAAACAUUCCCUGAAGUUUUGUGAACAGGGUCCACUGUAUGUAAUUACCGUUAUUAAAGUUUACCAUAGUAAAAGCAGAGCAAAGUGUAAUAAAGCAUGGUAAAGC